AUGGCCUCCGCCGACGACCCUGACGCGACUUUAAAAACAGCCAUCGACUCCCUGGGCGACGACGACUCCUACACCGUCCACCGACUCAAACAUGCUUCUCCCGAACAUCUAUACCUAACUACUCGUCGCUGCUUCAUCGGUCCCAUCCCAGAAGGCUGGCUCAAGACCCAUCGCAAAGAGUGGUACAAGCACUAUCUGGGCAUCCACCACUCCUCCAAAGCCCCCUCCUUCUCUGCCUCCGACGACGUUGGCCGCCGCCGCCGUCUCACCGGCCUCGACGCCCCAAACCCCUCAGCCUUGUAUCGCGCAAGCUUCCCGCAACCCGAUAACGCCCAUGGAGAAGCACUGCGAGAGGAUGAGCAUGAGUCAGAUGGUGAGGCCACAAUCAGAGCGCCGGCCGCUCUCAACAUCCCAAGAGGAGGCCUGAGCGAUCCUGCACUUCUGAAAGAACAAGGAGAGAACGCCGAAGAGGUUCUGGCUUCGUAUACUACAGCCCACACUGUAGCUUCUCCUUCGACGCCGACUCCUCUGGCCACACCCAGGCCUGGCGCCGCUCCGUCAGACUACAUGGAUUCGCGUCCAACAGAUACCUUCCGAAGACGUGAUACUUCAGACGCUUCUUUCGUAACAGCUUCAGAUGGAGGCUCAAUGAUCCUAGACGAGCCAGGUGCCGCAUUCCACGAUCACUCCGAGUCAUCUAGCGAUCAUGAUACGACCCCAAAGAACAGUCCUCGUACCGGCGGCGAGCGAAGUAGUGCUUCUUUUGAAACCACCAAUUUAGCCACGCCAGGACCUACUACAUCCGACACCUCUCUCCUCGCAUCACAACAUGCUCAACAACUAUCCCAGGGCGUUGUUGAAGAAGACGCAUUGGGCGCAGCGCUCAAUCUAGAGCCACAACGAGAUCCACCACAGGCCGCAGGACAGGAGAAUCGCAACAGCCACGAAAUUCGGUCACCCGGUCUCGUCAAAUUCAACAUUCCAGAGAAUCCAAUGCUGAAGCAGGAAGUCCAAGUGCGAGCCAAGAUGGCCCAGGGCAUGCGCACAUCGCGACUGUCUCGAGCCUUUACUCGAGGAAAGCUGAAGGAUGGAGAGAUUGUUAAAGUGGAGAAGAUGCUUGUUCGUCUGGACAUCACGACCGGCUCAGAGCAGCCCAAUGAUGAUUAUGACGAGAAAGAUAGCCAGCGAGUCGAGACACGGAUCACAGAAAAGUGGAGAGAGUUCAUGGUUGUAUGUCGAGAGAGCCACGAAGAUGGUGCUGUCUUGUGCCUGCAGAUGUACAAGACCAGAGUCAUUCCAGCAACGAACCAGAGCAAGACCAAGAAGCGCUUCAAGCACGAGAUAUUACUGGAUCCUGCAAAGCUCAAGGUCAACCUGUACAGCAGCCUCGACAAAACCCUUGUGCUCUGGCAAGCCAAGGGGCCGCAAACGAUUAUUUGCUUCCUCCGACCUCGCUCCGCACCCAGCGCAGUAGAGUGGUACACUUUCUUGAGAGGUGUACUCGGCCUACAUCGACCACGCACUCUUCAGAUCAACAUACCCGAUCUGAGUGUCGGCCUUCGACUUGAUAAUCCAUUUGAAGAGUUGGUAUCAGAAGAGGCCCUGGAAAAAGCCGCAGAUGGUGACGAGGCCGCCAUCUGCAAAGCCAUGCAAGCUGAACGAGCCAUCGCCUCAAAAAUCAUUGAUCGUUGUCUGGAGAUGCUAUCACAGAGCAAAGAGUGGGACGACGUACUCAAAACAUGGGGCCACAAAUCGAAGAUUGGCCUGGCUUGGAAGCGCUACGACCGACUGGAAUGGGUACAUGGUAUCAACGAGCAUAAGAUGUACGGCACCAUGGCAUUGCAACGAACUCAUGAGCUGGAGUUGCGCCCUAAGAAACAUUACCCUGUUUCCGUCAAGAUGGUCAAUGGCGAAAACAUGCAGGAGCCUGCUCCGGUAGAAGGUUUCCUCAUCCGCUUGACUUCUCAAAAGGGCACCGACCAGAAAUUCGGAAAGUUGUUCUACAAGCGGUUAUACUUCAGCACGCAGAACAACUACCUACUCUUUCUUCGACCAGCGAAAGCGAAGCCUCCUCCGCCACCGAAGAUGCCUAUGAAGGAAAAUUGCAACAUUCCCAGUGCGAAGCAAAUUGCAGAAAAGAUUCCAUUAAUCUACGCAGUCAAUCCAUUCCCGAUGCAUGCCGGCACGGUCGCGUGGCUAUCAGACUCCGCUAACGAUGCAGAAGACAGGAAAAGACACGACAGAGAUGCGCAUGACGAAGCAGAACGAAAUGCGCAGUCUUUGCUGGAUUGCGAUGGGUUCAUCAACCUUUCCGAUGUUGUGGAGGUUCGUAAUGUGGUGAGAGGAGCAACACCAGCUGAUGAAGCCGUGGAUGAGGGCCCACAGGUCGACUUCGAUGAGGAAGUUGAGGACAGCCACCACGACGAUGGCACAACCAAAGAAUUUGAUGACGCACGAACGUUCGAGCUGCUCAUGCGCAAUGGUCUGGUCGUGCGACUACAAGCGUUCAGCAAAGCGACGAAAAAGGAGUGGAUAAGACGACUUCGAGCUUUAGCCAAGUACUGGACACGACGGGCUUCCCAGGAUCUGGCUCUGUUCAAGCUCGUCCGACAGCAAAAUCUGGACACGCUCAAUAUCGACAUGCAGGCAGAAGCGUACGUCGGUAUGUUCGCGCACAAGUGGGAAGUGACCAAGUCAUUCGCAUCGCCUGAGCUGUACAAUGUUUGCGGCAUAUCGAACUGUCGCGCAAUCCAUCGAUCUGGGAUUUUGUUCCGCAAACCCCGAGUACAUGGUAUCUUCUCACGCUGUCAUGUCAUUCUCUGUCACGGGCACCUUCUCGUCUUCGAGGACACGGUGCGCAGUGCGACAGGCAAGAAAGUGUCUCAUAUCCACCACCAGCGUAUCGCGUCUAUCGAUCUUCGUGGUUGCUAUCUUUACUCGGGACUGAUUACAGCGAACGACUUACUGUAUUCGAAUCGCACGUUUGACAACAACCGACCUGGAAAUGAUGCGCUCCCUCGCAUGUAUCUCGAAGACGGAUGGGCGAGUGCAGAUGAUGAUGCGAUGACUACGUUUGUGGUGUGGACUGGGCAGCACAAAGGCUGGUUUAGGGCAAGAGAAGAGGAUGGCAAUGAAGGACAGCAAAAGAGUGGCGGAGCACGUAACAAGUUGAAGCGAGUGUCGCAACUCGGCACGACAGGCAGGGCGAUUGUGUUUAAGGCGAGAAGUCGGACGGAACGAGACCACUGGGUGCUGGGCAUCGAGACUGAGAUGGAGAGACUGUCUCAGGCGGAGGAGGUCAGAGUGGUAGGGGAAGGUGCUGCGGCCCAGUCGUGA